UAGGGGGAAAAUACCAGUAAAAAAGUGGUAUUGUACUAUUUUUUUCUUUUCUUUUUUAUUUUGGCUGCUGCUUAAUUAAUGGGCCGUGUUGGGCCGGCCCACUGACAGUUGGCACGGCCCCACGCGAGGACCAGAUUUCCAAAUUUCGUUGAAACGAAACGAACGGCUUCCCGCCACUCUCGGCUUCCUCUUCACGUUGCUUUCUCCCCCAACCUCUCCUCCUCCCUUUUUCCCCAAUUAGCCAUGAGAGAGAGAGAGGGGAAUUGGUGAGGUGAUGCUGCGUGUGGGGGAUGAUCCUCUCCCAGCUGGGAGGCUCCUCCGUCCGUGCUCCCCUCGCUGCGCCGCCAUGGCUCGCCGGUGGCCGCCACUGGUGGUCGGCCUCGCUCUCCUCCUCCUCCUCUCCGUCGCGGCCUCCUCCGUGGUGGCCAAGACCGACCAGCCUGACGUUGCUGCUCUGAACGUGAUGUUUGAGAGCAUGAACAAACCGUCUGAAUUGUUGGGUUGGAAAGCGAGCGGCGGUGAUCCGUGUGGUGAUGACGACGAGUGGAAAGGGAUCGAAUGCAGCGAUUCAUCUGUCACAGAGAUCAACUUGUCGGGGCUUGGAUUAAGCGGCACGCUAGGUUAUCAGCUAUCGAGCUUGAAAUCAGUAACCAAAUUCGAUGUCAGCAAGAACAAUUUAAAUGGUGAAAUCCCAUACCAGCUUCCACCAAAUGUGGUUCAGUUAAAUCUUCGAGGAAAUGCCUUCAGCGGUGGUGUUCCUUAUUCGAUAUCUCAGAUGACUGAUCUGGAAACGCUAAAUCUUGGUAAGAAUCAAUUGAGCGGGCAGUUGACAGAUAUGUUUUCUCAGCUGCCAAAGCUUACAACAAUGGAUUUGUCAUUCAAUAGCUUCUCAGGUAACCUGCCUCCGAGUUUUCAAUACCUCAAGAACCUCAAAACACUAGAUGUGGAGAGCAACCAAUUCAGUGGUCAUAUAAAUGUGCUGGCCAAACUUUCUCUUGAGGAUCUGAAUGUGAAGAACAACAAGUUCACUGGGUGGAUCCCAAGUAAACUGAAGAGCAUUGACAAUUUAGAGACUGGUGGGAACUCUUGGUCAUCUGGGCCAGCUCCUCCUGGCAUGGAGAAGGAGUCUUCGGCAGGAAGCUCAAAUGGAAGGGAUGAUAGCGGAAUCAAUGGUUUCGCCAUUGGAGCAAUGGUGAUAGCUGUGCUUCUUGCAGCUCUGAUUCUCUUGUCUGUGCUGAGGAGGAAUCAUUCCUCUCCCGUCUCAUCUCAUUACUACACGGAUGAGUCAGGCCGUAGGAAUUCUUCAGCAGUCAACAUGAAGUCACUGGAGCAUUCCCCAUCGAUGGGCUGUAAGACACCGCCUGCUGUUCCUCGCAAGUCGAUGAGUGACAAUGAGUUUGAGAACAAACUGAAUCAUUCGAGGCGAAGCACAGACCCCAUCAGCUUGAUGAAUCAUUCAUCAUCAGACCUACAAGCAGCUACUGGCAACUUCUCUAGUAACAGACAACUAGGUCAGGGGACAACCGGUUGCGUUUUCAGGGCAAAAUAUGCUGAUGGACGGGUACUGGCUGUCAAGAAGUUUGAUCCAUUGAGCUUCUCAGGAAGCAGUGACUUCAUGGACACCGUCAACGGCAUUGCCAAGCUGCGCCAUACAAAUAUCUCUGAACUUGUUGGUUACUGCUCAGAGCCUGGGCACUACAUGCUGGUCUAUGAUUACCAUAUGAAUGGAUCCCUGUAUGAUUUCCUGCACUUGUCAGAUGACUACAGCAGGCCUCUGACCUGGGACACCCGAGUUCGGAUAGCUGCCUGUACAGCCCAUGCUCUGGAGUACCUACAUGAGGUCUGUUCACCUCCAGUGCUCCACAAAAACAUAAAGUCUUCAAAUGUCUUGCUUGAUGCUGAUCUCAACCCUCACCUCUCGGAUUGCGGCCUUUCAUUCUUCUAUGAGGACGCAAGUGAGAACUUGGGACCUGGGUACAGUGCUCCAGAGUGCUCAAGACCAUCAGCUUACGUGAUGAAGAGCGAUGUCUACAGCUUCGGAGUCAUCAUGCUGGAGCUACUAACCGGCCGAAAGCCUUAUGAUAGCUCCAAGCCAAGAACAGAGCAGUGCUUGGUCAAGUAUGUGGCUCCACAGCUCCAUGACAGCGAUGCGUUGGGAUCACUGGCAGAUCCAGCUCUACGCGGUCUCUACCCACCAAAGGCGCUCUCCCGCUUCGCCGAUUGUAUCGCUCUCUGCGUUCAGGCUGAUCCAGAGUUCCGGCCGUCCAUGUCGGAGGUGGUGCAGUCGCUCCUCCGCUGCGUGCAGCGCACCAUCAGCAACAGGGGGAUGGCCGGAUACUUAAGCAACUCACAGCGGAGCGACAUCUCCGAUUGGUGAUGGUGAUGCACUUCACCGAAUCAUUGCCGACUUUGAUUGAGGUUUAUCUGAAGCAAAACUGCCCGUCAAGUCGUUCGUGCCAUUGUACAAAAAGAAACGGCUUUGAGGUUAAGAGUAAUCAAAUUGGUUAAUUUUUAGAGAAGACGGCAAGAAUGCGUUAUUGUAUUCUACUUGUAGUGUAUAUUGUACUGAUUUGUUCUUCCCCCUUUGUUUUGUUUUUAUCGCUCUAAGGAGCACAUGUAAAAGUCUGAUACUGGAGUAGAUAGUUAGUAAAUGAAUACACAUGUAAAAGGCCUCUCUACCUAGCCACCUAGGUAACAGCAAGUUCAGUAACAGGCAUUGCUGACAUAGCAUGAAUUCCCUUUUGUAAGAUGACAAAA